AAGGUAUUAACAUGGUUAUAUCGCGAUAAAGAUAUAAAAAUGAUAACACUUAAUACAUAAGAUAAUACCGACAUAUUCUUAAACAUUGUGAUGUUGACGAGUUCAUCCGACACACGUAUAUAACACGAGCACAUUAUUGGACUACCUUAAACUGAAGGAAAAUGGCUAAAGCGAUAUUUGAUCCUGCCAUUGGUGAGCUGUACAAAAUAAAAGAAAUGUGCGCCGAAAAGGGAGUUGAUGCUGACAUACAGAAGAGAUUGAGUGAUGCUAUAACUCUAGCGGAGGCGCGGGAUGCUUACUGUGAAAAUGUAAGUUCAGAACCAAGCGAAGCUUUAGCAACACUACAGAGAGAGACUCUAGAUUACCCAUUCGAUCAAGCAUAUAAAGACGGGAAGACAAAGUGGAAACUAAAUCCGAGGAUGAUGUCUGGGCACUUUGAAGGCAAAUUCUUGCAAUGCAUAGUAAGUAUGUCAAAAGCAAAACGAGUUUUGGAAAUCGGUAUGUUUACUGGAUAUUCUGCUCUGGCAUGCGCGGAGGCCCUUCCCGAAGACGGCACUGUGACUGCUCUGGAAUUUGAUCCAUUCCUAGAGGAGGUGGCUAAAGGAUUAUUUGCCAAAUCCCCGUGCGGAAAGAAAAUUUCUAUUCGAAUAGGUGACGCUAAAGAUACCUUACUAAAGCUAGCGGAGGAAAAGGCUCAGUAUGAUGUUGUCUUUAUUGACGCUAAUAAGACUGGCUAUCUUAACUAUUUCAAGACAGUGAUUGAGAAAGAUCUUCUCGCCAAGGGAGGAACAGUGAUUUUUGAUAAUGCACUGAUGCAUGGCGGCGCCUAUGAUAUGAAAUCAACUAGUGAACUUGCACUUGCAAUAAGAAAAUGUAAUGAAUAUGUGAAGUCAAGAGAGGAUAUGUUUCAGGUUCUUGUCCCUAUCAGAGACGGUGCGUUGAUUGUGAGACGUAAAGAAGAUGUCUACUUAUAGAAACAUACAAUACAUUAGUUGCAAACACAGUAUGAUUAACUGCUAGAACAGUUGAACAAGUAUAUGGACAUUGCAAUACAUUAUAUUUUGUGUUAAAACAAGCAAUAUGAAAAGCCGAAGGGCGUAGUAUUUCUUGCAUAAUAGUUAAAAAGUACAGCUUAACACAGUAUUGAGUUAAUAUGAUAUGGGCUAAUAACACACUUUUAUACAUAAGGAAUGACUUUGAAUGGUAAAGAAAAGUAACCAGUCGAAAAGUGUCAUUAUUUUAUUCAUCAGAACACGCUAGGUGUGGUAUUUUAACUUUGAUAAUGAAUAUUCAAAUAUGAAUUUUGUAGGAAUGUCAGUUCAUUAAACAAAAGCACCAGUAAAAAAUGUUAUUUACAAACUUUAAAGGUUGUUGCAUCGGCUUAAGCGGAAUUAUGAUAUAACAAGCUUGAAUGUACUUUAUGAACCAAAACAGAACAGUUCAGGAACUUUAUGUGAGGAACAAUUGUCCUGCACUUGUUCCUAAAAUAUAGUCUGAUUUUGCAAAAG